AUGGCCCGUCGUUCUCCUUCAAAGCAUAUAAGGACUGAUCUGAAAUAUCUGAACAAGGAUCUUUUGCCAAACAUUAUAGCAGUAACUGUUGCUGACGAUAUUUUCUGUUGGGAGGCUACUCUAAUCGGACCGGUGAACACUCCUUAUGAAGGGGGAGUGUUUAAACUUAGGCUUAUUUUUCCACCUGAUUACCCAAGAAGUCCCCCCAAGGUUGUUUUCAUCACAAGAAUUUGCCACCCAAAUGUAUCAGAUAGGGGAGGCAUUCACCUAAAAGUUUUGAAGCGCGACCGUUGGACGCCCAUGCCCAUUGUUAAGCUUUUCAAGGAAUUAGUGGAGAAGUUGAAUGAACCAGAG